AUAAAUAUUCUUUAAAUAAAAUUUACUGUUUCAUACAAAGACCACCUCAAGGCGCUUCUAUCGUACAAAAUUAAAUUUAGAUUUCAAAUAUUCAACGUUAGUUUUGUCAAUCCCUCAGUUCUAAAUUACACCAAGCAUCGAAACAGUGUUUUAAUCGUCUUUUAUUAUUGUGAUUUUAAUUUUUUUCUCAAUGAAUUUAAUUACUGAAAUUAAAAUUUAAAGUUAAAAAAAUAUAUUCCAUGAAAAAUGUGAAGUUGAAUUGUUAUUUUUUGUUAUUUAUUGGUUCAUAGUUAAUUAAUGUGAUUUUAUUUUUUUAAAAUAAUAAUUUGUUUUAAUUUAAUUGUGAUAAAAAGUAUGAGAAAACCACGAAUUUCUAGUUGCUCGUUUAGUCUCUCCGUUAAGGGUGCUCUUUAAUGCUUGAGUUAAUCGAUAAAGUCAGUUAAGACUAUUAUCCUCAAAACACAACUAACUUAGUGUGGUAAUAAAGACAGAAACAUCAAUGUGUAAAAGAAUAAAAAAAACACCAUUAAAGAUUUUCGUCUUUACGCUUUUUUAAUUUAUUUUUUUUUACUACUAUAAUUUAUUUAUAUAUUUUUUUAGUUAAAUAGUGCUUUUUUUUUUUGUUUAGUCUCUUUAACCUUUCUUUUAACAACACCCUCAAUUUUGCAGUGUUCUUUGAAAUCAAAAAUUCACAACACGCUAUCGCACACCGUUAAGAAGAAAACAAACGAUCUCAAGGGGAAAGCUUUGAUUGGACUCUGUGUUUUAUUCAAAAUAAAUUAAAGUGGAUGGUUAUAUAUAUAUUCAUAGUCUGUCGAUUGGAUGCUUUUCUCAUUUAAAUAUAUAACCGAAAAAAAAAAAAAUGAAAAAAACAAUCUUCUUUAUUGAAGUAAUUAAAGGUGAUUAAUGGUUGACAUUAUUACUUAUCUCGGUGUUUGAUGUCUUAUUGGAGUGUUACCGACAAAGAAAAUCAUUUCAAGACAAACACCAUAUUUUAUUGAAAAUUAUUGGUUCAUAAUAUUUAUGAGAUAUUUUUUUUUAGCCACUUAAUAUUUGCCUGACAUCAAAUGAGUGUAAAUUUAAAUUAGUGGAAUUGAAAAACGUUCUUAUAUAAUUUUUAAACGACAGAGAAAAAUAAAUAUUAUAUAAACAAAUUUUAAAAGAAAAUAAUAAAAAUAGUAGAUAACAAACCACGUGAAAUUUAACAACACGCGGAUUUUCUAUUUUUGUAUAAAUAUAGUACCAAAAACUUUGAAUGUUUCUAUGUUACUUUUUGGUUGGUACAUUCACCCCUCGUUUUGCUCCCCUUCAAUAUAUGCUAAGAAUAACACCAAACCAUUGGGUGUUGAGUUAAAGUUUUAGUUCAAAGAGAACAUAUCACAAAUUUUGCACUGACUUUUAUGCUAAAUUAAAUCUUCAAACAUGCAUCAUAAUUCAUUAUUUAAUUUAUAUUUAUUUAUUUACUUUUAAUCAUUAAUUUAUCAAGUGAUUGCUCAAGUGUAUAACUAGUGUUUUUUUUUUAAUUAAAAAAAAAAAAUGGUUAAUUUAGAAUGGUGGAAAAAGUGAAAGAAAAAAUGUAAAAAAAAAUAUAUAAAAUUUGUGAUCAACUAGUGAAGGUGUAAUUUCUUUUUUUUUUUUUGUUUUUUAUUUUUUUAUUUAAUUAAAAAAGAAAAAAAAAGAAAAUGUUUCGACUAGAAUUACUUGGCGUCUUGAUGCUUUCUUGCACUCAGAUAUUAACGGAACAUCGUAAUUUUCAUGGACCUUAUCAUCAGUACGGUCAUCAGCGACAACAACAACAACAACAACAAAACUGGGAAGAAGAUAUGGUGUUCAAGGAAAUACGUGUAAAACAGGGUAGACUAAGAGGUAGAGUCAUUCAACCUGACACAAAUCCUCGUCUACCACUGGUCGACGUAUUUCUUGGUGUUCCUUAUGCUGAACCACCAAUAGGUCCAUUUAGAUUUUCACCACCAAGAUCACCACGUUCAUGGCGUAAUGUUAGAGAUGCACAUACAUUUGCAUCAGUUUGCCCACAAGUACUGCCAAAUCUACGACUCGAAGUCAAGCCUGCAAGACAUGAGUAUCUUGAACGAUUGCUGCCAUAUCUGAGAAAUCAAAGUGAAGAUUGCUUGUAUUUGAAUAUAUAUGCUCCACAUCAAGCUGAUGGUUCAUCAAAUCCACGUCGUUAUCCAGUUAUGGUUUUCAUACAUGGUGAAAGUUAUGAAUGGAAUAGUGGAAAUCCAUAUGAUGGAAGUGUACUAGCAGCAUAUGGACACAUUGUAUUUGUUACAAUUAAUUUUCGACUUGGAAUAUUGGGAUUUUUACGGCCUGGGACCAACGAUGACACAGCCAGUAAUUUUGGUCUUCUUGAUCAGAUUGCUGCACUGCUGUGGUUACGUGAAAAUAUUGCAAAAUUUGGAGGUGAUCCUGACAGUGUUACUCUUGUUGGACAUGGUACUGGUGCUAUUCUUGCAAAUUUACUAUUACUUAGUCCAGUUGCAAAUAACAAAGACUUAUUCAAGCGAGCUAUUCUCAUGUCAGGAUCAGCGUUGAGUCCAGACGCCAUUGGUAAGGGAGCUCUUCAAAUUACAAAACAGGUUGCAUAUGCACUUAACUGUCCAACAACGAGUGACAAUGAGCUGGCAUUGUGUUUGCGUAAUAGAGAUGUUGAUUCACUGUUAAAUGUUAAAAUUGAUAAACCAAAAUAUGUACCAGCUUAUGCACCACUUAUUGACAGAGCAGUUAUACCAAAAGAGCCACUUUCACUUAUGGAAAAUACCCAAUUAUUUGGCAGUUUUGACUUGAUGUAUGGAGUUACUGAAUCGGAAAAGUUUCACGUUUUACCACCGGUUGCCGUGCUUCAUGGAAUGCUAGAUGGCCAAAGAGAUGAGGUACUUCGCGAUCAUGCAAAAGCGAUGGAAGAAUCCGAUAUGAUUCUAUCGAAGAUUCUAGAGCAUUAUGGACGAGAUACGUUGGAUGAAUUUAGAAACGAGGAUCCAAUAAAAAAUAGAGAUCUCGUGUUAGAUGCAUUGUCUGACAGUGGAACUGUUGCACCACUUGUUAGAACAGCCAAGUUACAUGCAAAAGCUAAUCCAAAAAGUUACAUGUAUGUUUUUUCACAUCCAAGAGCAAUGCAAGAUUAUUCUGGGCAACAACGACAGAGAACAGUUCACGGUGAAGAGCUACCAUAUAUUCUUGGUGUUCCACUUGAUGGUGGUAAAUAUCAUCUUCGUGGUAGAUACAACAUUGGUGAAACAUUAUUUUCCGAGGCAAUGAUGACUUGGUGGUGCAAUUUUGCUCAUACUGGUAAUCCAAAUGCACCAAGAAGAGUGAGCUAUAUGACUGACGGACCAAAGGAAUGGUUGCAGUACCAAGUUGAUUGGCCAGAAUACAAUAUUAAGAAUGAAACUUAUUUCAAUCUAACAAUUCCACCACGAGAUGACCGCAAGUAUCGUUCAGCUGAGAUGCAAUUUUGGAACAUUGACCUACCAGAUUUGACCAGACACAAGCCACGAGGUCCAAGACCACCAUUUCUCGAUCGUGCUGAUGGUAUUGGAAAGUACGGAAAUGGUAGUUUGUACAGGUCACAAGAAGGACAAAUAAUGAAAUACACGACAAGCAUGCCAAAUAAUCUUGAUACUGGUUAUAGAUCGUCGAACGAUGCUGAUAUUCGUUUUAAUAGAUUUCCAUUUACAAAUUCUAAUGUAAAUUCAAAGCAGGAUGAAAUUAAAUUAACAACUGAUGAGACAGAAACAAUAAAAAGUUCAUCAGUUAUGACGAUAGUUAUUGGAUUGGGUAUUGUGCUUCUUGUUAUAAAUAUAACAGUAUUUAUUUAUCUUCAGCAUCGUCGUCAAAAUUUAAAAGAUAAUAAAAAUAAUUCAACAACAAAAUAUCGACGAGCAGAUGAUAAAACAAAUAGGGGUUGUUGUAAUACACGAAGUAAUAAAAACGAUAAUCAUCUUGAAAAUUUAACAAAUUUUGGUAAAAUAUGUGAUAGCAAGCCUGAUAUCAAUGAUGUUAUUAAAAAUGAUAAAGCUUAUGAUAAUAGUUCAAAUUUUGGUAGAAGAUCAAAAUUAUCCCGUCAAAAUUCAGCAUCAACAAUUGAUACUCAUGUUAAAGUUAAAGAAUGGAUACAUCAAGAAAUUGUUCACAGAUGUUCACCAAGAUUCUUACGAAAAACUAGAGAAACAUUGCAAAAGGAGCAUCAAGAAAAAAUGACAAAACAACAAGAAGUAGAAGAAAAUGAACGACAACGUCAAGAAAUGGAAGACUUACGUGAUAAAAAACCAGAGCCAAUUUAUGAUGAAAGUCCUCUUGUUGUAAGACCAGGAAUAAAAAAAAUAAAAUUACCAAAAGUAUCAGUUGCAAUUGAUGCAACACCAGCAACAAGAACUGAAUCAAUAUUAAAUCAAAUACCAAUUGAAAUAAUUAAAGAUUUAGAAUCAAUUGAAGGAAAUAGUCAUUGUGAUGAAUCAAAAUAUACAGAUGAUUCAAAAACACCACAAAUUGUUAUUAUUGAACAUCAUCAUUCACGUAGUGAUCCAUUACCAAUGGAAAAAAUAUUAAAAAAUAUAAAAACAAAUUAUUCAACAACAAGAAUUGGUGAAUCUGAUUCUGGUAGUGCAAGUAGUUUAUAUGCUAAAAUAAAUCCAAAAUUAAAAUCAAAAUUACAAAAUUUUUGUACACCAGAAACACCAGAAGAAAUAAUAAUAUCAAAUGAUACACUUGACGGUUGUGAAUAUACAAAAAAUACUGAUGAUGGUAUUUAUGGAAAAAUUCCAAAAAUGUCAACAUUUGGAAUUAAUAAAAAUGAUAAUGAUAUUAAUGUAACAUGUAGAGAACCAAUGUUAAAUGAAAGAGAUAAUAUAAGUCCAGAGGAAGCAUUAAAGACAAUAAAACGACGUAAUUAUCCAAAAGUAUUACCUGAUAUUGAAAAACGUCAUUCAUUACCAGCACCAAAUAGUUUAUUUAUGCCAAAACAAAUUGGUAAUACAUUAAAGGAUCACAGACAGGGUCCACAUCCUUCAUGCAAUACAAUGUAUCCACCAGCUCCACCUCCAAGACUAUUUGGAACUUCAAAAAGUCUGGAUCUUACAGAAGAGGAGGAGCCAGUUACAACGAAUCUUCAUGUUGGUCCACUUUUAAAACGACAAGACUCAAUAGGAAAAAAUCAAUCGGAUAAAAGUAUUAUUGAUUCAAUUGAACGUGUAGCAAUUGAUGCACAAGAAGUUUUAUUUAAUCAUCAUGAAGAAUAUGAAAUUACACCAAAUCCAAAAUGUCCUGUUCAUGGUUCACCAUUUUUAUUUCCUUGUGAGACAAAUCAAAGUACAAGUACAAGUCGUUCUGUUGAUAAUUUAGAUAAAAAUAUUGGAAAUCCAAAUUGGUAUAAAAAUACAGAAGAAAAUAAAAAUACAAUAAUAACAAAAGAUUUAUCAAAUGUAUCAUUACCAAAUGUCAGUAUUGGAAAUCCAAAUUGGUAUAAAACAAUGAAAAAAACAAAAGACGAUGAAAAAUCAUUUAAUCAAUAUGGAAAUUUAGAUGAACAUGAAAUACAUGAAAAUAUAACAAAAGAACCAAGAAUAAUAAUAACACCUAGAAUAAUUAAUGAUAAUAAUAAUAGUAAUAAUAAUAAUAAUAAUAAUAAUUCUGAUACAUUGCCUCCAAUUGUUUUUCAUCAAAAUACAAAACCAAGUGAUCCAUAUUUAAUUUGUCAAAAAAAUGAUAAAGAACAAAAAAUAAUAAGUCCAUCAACUGGAACAUUAAAGCAACCGAAAAUUAUUAUAAAACCAACAACAAAUACAAUGAGAAAUCGUGAACGUAAUAUACCAAAAGUAUCAGCAAUACCAUCACCAGAAGUACAAAAUUAUAUAUAUCAAAAUCCUGAUAUGGAUACAAAAGGAAUUGAUAAUGAUGUCAAAAUGGAAAAACCAACCAUCAAGAAAAAACCAACAGUUACAAGGAUACCCUCAUUUUCCAGACGAAUUGGAGAACACAGUGCUACGUCCAGUGACAAUACAGAACUUAUUUAUCCUGAAAAAAUUGAAAUUGUGCAACGAAUAAAUGCUUUUCCAACAACAAAAGCUUGUUUGUCGUCACCAUUGGUGCAUGAAAAUCAAUCAAGUAUACCCAUAUUGAAUAACGAAAUGUCAAGAUCACAAGACAGUUCGUGUAAUUUAAAUUCAAAUACCAAUACAAUUAAGAAAAAACCAGCUGAAAAAAAAUAGGCAAAUCUCAUUAACAUAAUUGUUUAUUUCUUUGAAAGAAAAUUAAAAUGUAAUUAAAAUAAUUAACAGUGACAUUUUCACGAUAUUUUUAGACUGUACAAGUAUUAAUUUUUUUUUUCCUUUUUUUUUCGUAUGAAUGAUAUUAAAACAACUUUAAUAUUAUGACUGUUAACUUUUUCAUAAUUUUUUUACAAGCAAAAAUGUUUCCACAAAAGUCUAAACUGAAUAAUGUAUAUAUAUAUUUAUGUAUAAGCUUAAUUUUUUUCAUUUAAAGAAAAAAAAAAAAAACAAACUAAAACAAAUGUAAUUAAGUUUAUUUUAUAAUCAAUGCUCGUGACUGUCGACAGAUGUUGUUUAUAAUAUUUUUUUUUAAUUUUUAUUUAUUUAUUUUUCAUCCAGCUGUCCAAGAUGAGUAAAUUCAUUUUAAAAACUAAAAAGAAAAUUAAUUAGAAUUAUGCUUACAUAAUAAAGUUGAAUAAGAAAGAGUUUUUUACUCGGUUUUACCGAAGAAAAUAAAUGAAAACUUUUCAUUUAUAGUGUUGUUUGGUUUUUUAAAUAAAAAAAAAAAAAAAAACUGGCAAAUGAAAAAUAUGAAAAAAUACAGUUAAGGACUUGGUUAAAAGGCUUAUACCUAAAAAACUUUAAAAUUAAUGGAAACAAGGUAGUUUGUUUCCCGGCAGUUUCGUUUUUUUUAUUGCCUAGUUUGUUGCAAAAAAAAAAAACUAUAAAAUUGAGUUAAAAAUUAUAUUUUAACAUUCAGUUUAUGUCUAGCAAGUUGAUGAUUUGAAAAAGGAUCAUGCUAGGAAGUAAUGCAUUCUCAUUAAAGAAAAUAUAGUAGUUUCAAUAAAGUUUAUGAAAAAAAUAUAAUCAAACUUUCUCAGCAAUAUACUUAAAU